AUGCUGAACGUAUCUACCGGAGGCAGGCAUGCAUUUCACCGUAUCUCUUACUACUUCAGGAAGGCUGCGUCUACCCAUCCAGACAGGCUGCAAGCUCGUCAGCUCGAGGUGGAGCGCAAGUUUAUAGUCACACCAGCUGCUAACUCCUACUUGCGCUCUAACGGCGGAGGUUCAGGAUUCAACAAAUAUGAGAGCCUCAGGAGGCAGACUACCAACGACAUCUACUACGACCGAGACGGUUUACUCUUUUCAAAAGGAGUUUAUGUUCGUCGGCGGAAUGGACAUUGGGAGGCGAAGAUCCGCACCGGCGGCGAUUUCAUCAACUCGGCUUUCGCGGAGAUCGAUGGCAAUAAUGCAGUGAGGGAGAUUAUCGAUCAGAACUUGAGUAACUCCGCAGACGGAGCUGACAUCGAAGAAAUUCUGAAGCCUUGUGCCGAAUUCGCCACGGAUCGAGAAUCCUGGAUGAUUGACGGCAAGUUCAAGGUUGACGUCGACAAAACAGACUUUGGACACAUAGUUGGAGAGGUGGAAUUGACAAGGACUCUCGAGUAUGCCAAUGAAGAGGAGGAAAAGUUAAGGGAGUUGAAGGAAAAGAUGGACCAAGAGAUCAAGGUUUUCAUGCAAUCGUACCCACAAGCAUUCCCAGUUGGACGCCCGGUUGGAAAACUGAGUGCCUACUUCCACAGGCUCGACCAUAGGAUGCGACUGCGUCAUUUUUUGCAGAUGGGCGAACUCUAUUCUGGAACUGAGUUUAUUCUUGAAUACUACUGGUCAUGCAGGAUCCCACCUGAGGAUUCCCUAUCAUACCUCAUGCACAGACUUUUAAUCCGCUUUUCUCGCUUUACUACCACAAAUAGUCUAUCACCAUUCCAGUUCCUUUGCUUUGCCAGCACUUGA